CACAUUACGUAAAGGUAGUUUUUGUUAUUUGGUGAGAUCUUAUGGAAGUGCGCUGUGAGAAUCACCUUCAACUUCUACAAUGAUUAGUGGGCAAAAAUUAGUGAAUCUGAUGAAGAGCAGCAAAAUUUGUAUAAACUGCAUUAAAUCAAUACAAACUAAUUGUAUUUAUGAUAAUUCUCCCCUGAGUGGUAUAAGAAUAUUGGACCUCACAAGGAUUGUGGCAGGGCCCUAUUGUACUAUGAUUUUGAGUGAUCUGGGAGCUGAAGUUAUCAAAAUUGAACGACCUGGCACAGGAGAUGAAGCUAGAAAGUGGGGUCCUCCUUUCAUCCGAGACACACCUGAAGCUUGUUAUUUUGUAUCAGUGAAUCGCAACAAAAAAAGCGUUUGUGUGGAUUUGAAGUCUCCGAAAGGGAAAGAUAUAAUCUACAAAUUAGCAGAGAAAUCUGAUGUUUUUGUUGAGAACUACGUACCUGGAAAAUUAGAUGAACUUGGUUUAGGUUAUGAGGAACUGAAGAAGAUUGCCCCAAGUUUGAUAUAUUGCUCAAUAACCGGAUACGGUCCCCGAGGACCCUACAGAAAUAAACCGGGUUAUGACGUAAUUGCAGCCUCUGUUGGUGGGUUAUUGCACAUUACUGGACCAAAGAAUGGAGAACCAGUGAAAGUUGGAGUAGCCGUUACAGAUUUAGCCACGGGUCUCUAUGCCCAUGGUGCUAUAAUGGCUGCUUUGAUAAAAAGGUCAAGAACUGGUAAAGGUCAGAAAAUCGAUUGCAACCUUCUCUCAACCCAAAUUGCCAGUCUAAUCAACAUCGGAUCAAACUAUUUGAAUGCCGAGAAAGAGGCUUCGAGAUUAGGUACGGCUCAUGAAAGUAUAGUACCAUAUGAGGCAUUUCCAACUAAAGACGGCUACUUCACCAUUGGCGCUGGGGCAGAUCUACACUUCAAGGAGUUUUGUAGGAAAAUAGGUCAUCCUGAACUAUCUGAUAACAAGAAAUAUCUGACGAAUAUGUUGAGAGUGAAGCAUAGAGAAGAGCUCAUUUCUUUUCUUAGAUCUGUUUUGGUUACUAAAACCAAUAAGGAAUGGGGAAAAAUAUUCGAGGACGUUUCAUUUCCUUGUGGUCCAAUUAAUUCCUUGAAGGAAGCUUUUGAUGAUCCCCAUGUGAAAGCAAUCGGACUUGUGGAAAGUGUGGCACAUCCGGUAGCAGGAGUUAUUAAAGUGGUUGGACCUCCAGUGCUCUACAGUGAUGGAGGGAAUUGUGUGAGAAGUUCCCCUCCUACUUUGGGACAACAUACAGAUGAAGUGCUAACUGAUAUUUUGGGUUUUAGUGAUGAUGAAGUCAGUAAUCUGAGAAAAGAAAGAGUUAUACACUGAUAGGGUGUUUCACUUGCAAAUUAAAUUUACCUUGUUUGUACCCUUGUUUUACCUUGUUCAAGGUAUUAAGUGGGGUAGGGAGUUUUAGUAAUUCAAAUUAUUUGUACUUAUUCACCAGAGGAAGUUUAAUCAUUUUAUUUUAAUCAAAUCGUAGAAUUUUAGAGUAUCAAAUGAUGAUCUACUUCUGUAGAAUUCUCUUUUACUUUAUAUAUCUCUUAGCUUGAAAUUAACAGCUUCAAUCAUAGACAAACAUUUUAAAUCUUCUCCAGUGUAAUGUUCCUCAAUUUCAUCUGAAACAGUUAUUCAGAAUAUAUUUUUUCAUAUUUAUUAUAUUUUCAAAGUAUUGAAAGUAAAUUGAUGGAUGUAGCCGUCACGAUGUGGUAGGAGAUCAUUAUGAAAAAUGAGAAAUAGAAUUAUCUACUUUUUUAUACCAUUUCUAUUUGUAGAGAAAUAUGCAGUGAUAAUAUUUGAAUGCCUCACUUUUGGUAAUUGAGAUAAGGAAUAUUUACAUUUGCACUUUCAAGGUCUUUGGUUUAUUUCUAUCAGAAAAUGAAUGUUAUUCAAUGCUUCACUAUAUUUUAGCCCGAUUUAAUCUAUAUAUUUUAGCUUGCCGCUAUUAUAAUCCUAAUAAAUAAACUUUUUCAACUCUCUA